GACCGCGGCGUGUCGGCGGCCGUGGCGGCAGCGACGGCAAGCCGUGCGGCGACCGGAGGGUUUCCGGUUCCGGUGUAACGUUCGGGCUCCGUCUCAGGGGCUGAAGUUUGUGAGGUGCAGUAUUGAGUUCCAUUUGAGCUAGUCUCCCUUUUUCCCAAAGAAUGGCGCUGUCUAAGAGAGAGCUAGAUGAGCUGAAACCAUGGAUAGAAAAGACAGUGAAGAGGGUGCUGGGUUUCUCAGAGCCCACAGUGGUCACAGCAGCAUUGAACUGUGUGGGGAAGGGAAUGGACAAGAAGAAGGCAGCUGACCAUCUGAAACCUUUUCUUGAUGAUUCUACUCUUCGAUUUGUGGAUAAACUGUUUGAGGCCGUGGAGGAAGGCCGAAGUUCUAGGCAUUCCAAAUCUAGCAGUGAUAGGAGCAGAAAACGAGAACUAAAGGAGGUGUUUGGUGAUGACUCUGAGAUCUCCAAGGAAUCAUCAGGAGUAAAGAAGCGUCGGAUACCUCGCUUUGAAGAGGUGGAAGAAGAGCCAGAGGUGAUCCCUGGGCCUCCAUCAGAGAGCCCUGGCAUGUUAACUAAACUCCAGAUCAAACAGAUGAUGGAGGCAGCAACACGGCAAAUUGAGGAGAGGAAAAAACAACUGAGCUUCAUUAGCCCCCCUACACCUCAGCCAAAGACUCCUUCUUCCUCCCAACCAGAGCGACUUCCAAUUGGCAACACUAUUCAGCCCUCUCAGGCUGCCACCUUCAUGAAUGAUGCCAUUGAGAAGGCAAGGAAAGCAGCUGAACUACAAGCCCGCAUCCAAGCUCAGCUGGCACUAAAGCCAGGGCUCAUUGGCAAUGCCAACAUGGUGGGUCUGGCCAAUCUCCACGCCAUGGGCAUUGCUCCUCCGAAAGUGGAGUUAAAAGAUCAAACAAAGCCAACACCCCUGAUUCUAGAUGAGCAGGGUCGCACUGUAGAUGCAACAGGCAAAGAGAUUGAACUCACACACCGCAUGCCUACUCUGAAAGCCAAUAUUCGUGCUGUGAAGAGGGAACAGUUCAAGCAACAGCUAAAAGAAAAGCCAUCAGAAGAUAUGGAGUCCAAUACUUUUUUUGAUCCCCGAGUCUCAAUUGCUCCUUCCCAGCGUCAGAGACGUACUUUCAAAUUCCAUGACAAGGGCAAAUUUGAGAAGAUUGCCCAACGAUUACGGACAAAGGCUCAACUAGAGAAGCUGCAGGCAGAGAUCUCACAGGCAGCUCGAAAAACAGGCAUCCAUACUUCAACUAAGCUGGCCCUCAUUGCUCCUAAGAAGGAAUUGAAAGAAGGAGAUAUCCCUGAAAUUGAGUGGUGGGACUCAUAUAUCAUCCCCAAUGGUUUUGACCUUACAGAGGAAAAUCCCAAGAGAGAAGAUUAUUUUGGAAUCACAAAUCUUGUUGAGCAUCCAGCCCAGCUCAAUCCUCCAGUUGACAAUGACACACCGGUUACUCUGGGAGUGUAUCUUACCAAGAAAGAACAGAAGAAACUUCGGAGGCAAACAAGGAGGGAAGCACAGAAGGAACUACAAGAGAAAGUCAGACUGGGUCUAAUGCCUCCUCCAGAACCCAAAGUGAGAAUUUCUAAUUUGAUGCGAGUGUUAGGAACAGAAGCUAUACAAGACCCUACGAAGGUAGAAGCCCACGUGCGAGCUCAGAUGGCAAAAAGACAGAAAGCGCAUGAAGAGGCCAACGCUGCCCGAAAACUUACAGCAGAACAGAGAAAGGUCAAGAAAAUUAAAAAGCUUAAAGAAGACAUUUCACAGGGGGUACACAUAUCUGUAUAUAGAGUUCGAAAUUUGAGCAACCCAGCCAAGAAGUUCAAGAUUGAGGCCAAUGCUGGGCAACUGUACCUGACAGGGGUGGUGGUACUGCACAAGGAUGUCAACGUGGUAGUAGUGGAAGGGGGCCCCAAAGCCCAGAAGAAAUUUAAGCGUCUUAUGCUGCAUCGGAUAAAGUGGGAUGAACAAACAUCAAACACAAAGGGAGAUGAUGAUGAAGAGUCUGAUGAGGAAGCUGUGAAGAAAACCAAUAAAUGUGUAUUAGUCUGGGAGGGUACAGCUAAAGACCGGAGCUUUGGGGAUAUGAAGUUCAAACAGUGUCCUACAGAGAACAUGGCUCGGGAGCAUUUCAAAAAACAUGGGGCUGAACACUACUGGGACCUCGCACUGAGUGAAUCUGUUUUGGAGUCCACCGACUGAGACUACUGCAAGCCCUUGCCUCUCCCUACUUGCCUUUGUCCCUUCAGUCUUUUUCCUUAUUCUACUUCCCAUUCCACCCCCCCACUUGUGUGUGUGAUCUCAAGAACUGUGCCAAGCAGACAUUGGGACAGAGGGAGAAUGUCUUGCUCCCUUACCCUGUUAGCCUGGUGCUUCUCUUUAUUCUCCUUAUGUGCAUACAAUUAAAGAGUUAUUUUUAAACUUUGUUAUGAUAUUUUUCAUACACUCGUA